AUGCACAUAAAUUUAUAUGAAUUCACUAUACCAGCAACUGCAGAGCCCGGCACAAUUAUUGGCCAGGUUCAUGCUUUUGAUCAAGACAUUACUUCUCCAAAUAAUAAAUUAUUUUAUUACAUUAUUCCAAAAAAGAAUAAUUCCUCAAUUAACUCCAUCAAUGCGGAACAAUUUUUUUCUUUAAAUUCCCAAACUGGACAAUUAAAAACAAUUUCAAAUUUAAAAAAUUUUGCUGGAAGAAUUUUAAGAUUUAGAAUUCAAGUUGUGGAUGGAGGUGUUGAUGGAAAUAAAUUAAAUAGUACAGCUGAAAUAGCUGUACACUUGGAGGGAAUUAGAAGGCAUGAAGAAAAGAAAGUGUUACCAACAACAACAACAAUAUCUUGGCAAGGAGUUGAAGAGGUAGAUGAGGAAGAAGAAGAUGAGGAAAAUGAAGAAGAGAAGGAAAAACAACAAGAAGAACAAUUAAAAGAAAACCAACAAAAUAAUAAUAAAUUAUUUUCUUCUACAGAAAAAACAACAAAAAAAUAUUUAAAAACAACAAUAGAAGAAUCAAAUAUUGAAAAUAAAAAUACUUCUAUUUCUUCUUCAACUUCUCCAAAUCAUCAAAACAAAAUUAAAUUUUCGAGUCAUUAUUUUAAUUCUUCAAUAAUGGAAGGAACUCGCCCGCCUGUUUUUCUUACAAUUUUACCUGUUAUUAAUAAACCGAGUGAUACUCGUUUUACAAUUUGUGCAAUUAGAACAGGAAAUUUAAGAGGGGCAUUUAGGUUUGGAAAAGAGAGAUAUUUUGUUUUUAAUUGA